CUAGUCACUCAACAGUCAUUUGCAAAAUUUGGACAGAUCGCUUACUGCUAUUCUUGCCGUUCAGUUAAAGGGUGAUAGUUGUAAAGCUCAAGGGCCAUUGCCGUAACUGAAUUUCUCCUUUAAUUACAGGUCAAUGACUCCUUUCUACUCAGUCUGGUCUCCGUGCACGGACUGCCAUUGCCCAAAUCAUCACGUACCCUCUCACAGCUUCCCUCCCGAACGGCAUUCUCUAGACAAUUCUAAUUUUGCGCAUCUGAUGCGCUCAAACGAGCCGCCUUUGCCUGCCGAAGCGGACACGCUGAAUGCCAUGAUAUUGUCUUAUCAGGCGGAAUUGAAGGACAUCGAUUCGGAAGAAUCAAACCUAAUCACACUGUCUAUGGAAAUGAGGGAUAAAAUAGCUCUUCUUGAUCAGAAGGUAGAGCUACUACGGGAGGAACGCAUACGAAUAUCCGAGGCAAUCAACCAAAGACAGCGACUUCUCAGUCCCAUUCGCCGGCUUCCCACUGAAAUUCUUUCGCGCAUAUUUCUCCAGACUAUAGAAUACCCAAUUAAAGCCGCCCGGACAGAUACUACGGAUAUGUGGUGGAAGUUCCAACGUGCCUGCAGCGCUCCUUGGUUGAUUGCACUGGUUUCCAGACACUGGAGAGAGGUGGCAUUAGACUUUCCGCAACUUUGGUCCUACGUGAAUAUUUUAAUCACGGAUAAGACCUUCACAGAAGGCACCUAUGGAUUCGCUCAACGGAUUGGCGAGCACAUGCUUCGCUCCGGGAGGCACAAGUUAUCGGUCUGCAUUGCCAACGAUCCGGAUAACUCAACGUUCGAGGAACUGCCAUUGCCUUUAGCCACAAUACUUUGCUCAAUUGCAAAUCGGAUACGCGACCUCUGUCUCUUCCUUUCGUCCUCAAUAUUUGUCAAUUUACCCCCUCUACGAUUAUCUUUACCCCAACUCGAAAGACUCUCCGUUCUUUGCAUAGACAUCACGAUUUUGAACCACACGAACUUGCGGAUUUUCGACUUCUGCCCGAAACUCUAUUACAUAAGAGUUAUGGAUAUAGCUGCGGUCUCGGAGGUGUUCGAUCUCCCUUGGGUUCAAAUUACACAGUUUAAAAGUAAACAUACGCACUCCAAAGAUACCCAGCCCGGCCCGACUUUCGAUGAGGUGCUCGGCUUUCUUGCAGCGGCCAUUAAUCUAAAGGAAUGCUCCAUUCAGUGCGAAAACAGGGGAGAUGACUUGUUACACGCUCCAGUUACGUGUCCAAAGCUCCACACUCUCACACUUUCGGGGAUACACCACCACUGGCGGUACGAUUCCGUUGCCUUACUCUUGGAUAAGAUUAUACUACCGUCCCUAACAACCUUAUUGGUAUCGGGAAAAGUAGGGCACGAGGAUCGUGAACCGGCAAGGACGUUCAGUGCCAUUGGGGACAUGAUUUCCCGGUCGAAAUGCAGCCUCAAGGUGCUCCAUUAUGACCAUGGCAGUCUUCUGCCAGAGCAUUUCAUUGGUUUCCUUCGAAACACACCCACCUUGGAAGAUUUUCGUCUAACCGGCAGUGCACUCGACGCAGAUACCGUUACCGAACAGAACCUCAUGGAGUUGACAGUGAAGCUCGACGGAGCGAAACCUCUCGUCCCAAAUCUUCACACUCUGUUCCUUGACGGCACCAUAGCAUUUCCCAUGAAGGCGUUCGCUGAAAUGGUAGAGUCACGAUGAACCUUGGCAGACGUUUUGUCUCCUCCCGUUUGCCAGCUACGGAACGUUAGCGUCUGUACGUCUGUCCGGGUGGAUGAGACGGAGGAAGGAAAUGAAAAGACCUUGGCAGACGUUGCUGCUCUUUCCAUGCUGAAUGCUUACAAGGCGCAGGGCUUGGUGGUGACAAUGAGCAGUCGACAGAUAUAGCUCUUGGAAUAAGAACGGACGAAUGACUAUUUUGUUCUUAUAGUAUAUCUUAUUAAACGUCUUCUGGCCGUCACUCUAUCAAGGAACGAAGAAUGGACGGAUGGAAUUAAGACAUCCUGGUAAUC